AGUUUUAAGUUUCGCCCAAUGAAAAACCUAAAGGAGGGGGCAGGAGGCGGGUCGGUGACGUCAUGCGGAUUGACUGGCAAUGCAGGCCUUGGACGUCCAGGAUUAGCCACGCAUUUCGCCAAUCCAGAGGCAGGGGUGGGACGGUGCAGGCGCAGAGAAUUGGGCUUGGCUGGCCUCGAUUUAAAGAGGCAGAAGCUGUCGGGGUCCUGGAAGACGGUCCCCAAUACCCUCCCCCCAAGUCCUUGGGACCACGUGGGUCCCCAGAGCUGGGGAGAUGGUUUGCGGCGGCUUUGCCUGCUCCAAGAAUGCGCUUUGCGCUCUCAACGUGGUCUACAUGCUGGUGGGCUUGUUGCUCAUUGGAGUGGCUGCUUGGGGCAAGGGCCUGGGUCUGGUGUCCAGCAUCCACAUCAUCGGUGGAGUCAUGGCUGUGGGAGUCUUCCUUCUCCUUAUUGCAGUGGCUGGAUUGGUGGGUGCUGUCAACCACCACCAAGUCCUGCUGUUCUUUUACAUGAUCAUUCUCGGUUUGGUCUUCAUCUUCCAGUUUGUUAUCUCUUGCUCAUGUCUGGCUAUUAACCGAAGCAAACAGACAGAUGUCAUCAAUGCUUCUUGGUGGGUCAUGAGCAACAAGACUCGGGAUGAACUGGAAAGAAGUUUCAAUUGUUGUGGCUUAUUCAACCUCACAACCCUGUAUCAACAAGACUAUGAUUUCUGCACUGCAAUCUGCAAGAGCCAGAGCCCAACAUGCCAGAUGUGUGGAGAAAAGUUUCUUAAGCAUUCAGAUGAAGCCCUGAAAAUCCUGGGGGGUGUUGGACUCUUCUUUAGCUUUACAGAGAUCCUUGGUGUUUGGCUAGCAAUGAGAUUUCGGAAUCAGAAGGAUCCUAGAGCCAACCCCAGUGCCUUUCUAUGAGACUUUGGAUCCUUCUGACUUCUCUUCUGCUCUUUCUCUUCCUCCCUUAGAGAAAAUCUAGGGUUUGUAACCCUUUUGGUUUGAGAAAAAGGAAAGGCCCUUUGUCAUAUCCCCUAAAAUUGAUGGAAUAGCAAGACUUUACACCUUGACAUAUUUUAGUGGGAGCCAGACUAUAAGGAAUAAAAGAAGAAACUUUCUCCCUCUCUCUCCAAGAGGAUAUGGGAAGCUUCUGGGAGUGCAUAGAAUGGGACUGGGGUCAUUCUCAGCCGUUUCCCCUCCUCUUCCGUCCAUAUGCUGGAUCACCUCAACAUACCCUGGUGUGGCUCUAAGGGUAAAUCAGGGACAGAGCCAAGGAGAAAACUACCAAGAACUCUUUCCUGUAAUAAGCAGGACCCAGUCUGAGAAAGUUCAAUGAAUAUAAAAGCCAUUUAAAAUUUUUUUUUUUUUUUUUUUGAUACGGAGUCUUGCUCUGUCACCCAGAGUGAAGUGCAAUGGCAUGAUCUUGGCUCACUGCAACGUCUGCCUCCCGGGUUCAAGCAAUCCUCCCGCCUCAGCCUCCCAAGUAGCUGGGAUUACAGGCAUGCACCACCACACCCAGCUAAUUUUGUAUUUUCAGUAGAGACGGGGUUUCACCAUGUUUUAAGUCAGGCUGGUUUCCAACUCCUGACCUCAGGUGAUCCACCCACGCUGGCCUCCCAAAGUGCGGGAUUAUAGGUGUGAGCCAUCACACCUGGCCUAAAAUCCAUAUUCAGAGAAGGAAUUUCAGUUUCAUUCUAAGCUUUGUCAGUCCAGAGGCUCCACUGACUGCCUAGGCCCUGUACCUUAACCAGUCUUUAAGGUUUUGCAGGAAAGUCCCUUCUUCCAAGUGGUUUUUCCAAAUUGCACAAUGGCCAAGCCAAACAGAGAAAGAAACAUUAAAAAAAAGAAAAAAAAAGACCAUU